CUUCCAAAGUUCCCUUCAGAAACUCUUCCAAGGAUUAGCAAUUUCACUGGAGAUUCUUCCAGAAAUUCUUCAUGAGAUUCCUCUAUGAAUUUGACCAAGGAUUCUUUUAAGAAAUUUUCUACGAUUCCGCACCCUAUCAUUAUGCAAAUUUCUAUCUGCUGCACUUUUCUGUUGUUAUCAGUUUUUGGUCAAAGGUUGUAACGCAACCAUAAUAAACAGUCCAUAAUCAGGUGCAGUACAUAAUAGGCUAAGAGUCCUAUCGAAGUAGCCCGUUGGCCGUCAGUCUGUUCAUAAAUCGCCAUGGCUACACAUUGUUGUUUGAUCGCAGCAGCCGUUCUGGUUCUACUGGUAACGCUGACCAGUGGUUCCGAUGAUGCAACAGCCAAGCGGAAACAGUAUGACCACAAUAAACUGAUGUGUAGUAAAAUCGUUCGAUCCACCAAGGAACAAUGGGAAGGCUAUCAAAACUCGCAGUAUCCGGAAACUCACGAAACAGCUUGCUUUAUGCGGUGUGUAUCCAUUCUGAGUGGAUCGUACGAUGAUGAAACGGGAGUGAAUGUGGACGUGUUGUUCGAAACUUUCGGAAAGGGAAUGACUGCGGAGGAAUAUGCUGAGGAAUCGAAGCCUUGUCUGGCGCUGCGGGAUGAGGUCGAGUGCUACUGUAUGAAGGCGUUCAAGCCGCUCAUGUGUAUGAGGGAGCAGUACAAGAAAAGGAACACGGCUUAAAUGGUUGGAAAUGGUUAAAUAAAGAUAAAAUCCUGCUGAUAGUGGAAUA